AUGGGUGGGAGUCAGAGGCAGGGUCCACAUGCAGCACCACAAGCCCAGUGCAAGGACAGUGGAGGGUACUGGUGUUGGUUUGACUCUGGAGGACGCAGCAAUGCUGUUGUCAUCACAGUGACGAGUGGUGAUGUGAUUCUGGAGAGCCCUGCCCACCCUGUGACUGAAGGAGAACCUUUGACUCUGCGCUGUUUAUGCCGGAACAAUAACUCAACCUUCAGUGCUGAUUUCUAUAAAGACGGAUCACUCCUUCAGAGCCAGACUACAGGAGAGAUGACCAUCCCUGCAGUCUCAAAGUCACACCAGGGCCUCUACAAGUGCAGACACCCAGAGCUGGGAGAGUCACCAGAGAGCCCCGUCAUGGUCUUCACUCUGUCUCCUCCAGCCUCUGUGGUCAUCAGACCCAACCGAUCUCAACAUUUCACACACAACUCUCUCUCUCUGAGCUGUGAGGUGCCAGACAACUCUACUGGAUGGAGACUAGGAUGGGUGACUCAGAGACCUGAAGGCCCAGCGUGUCCUGAUGGGUGGGAGUCAGAGGCAGGGUCCACAUGCAGCACCACAAGCCCAGUGCAAGAGGACAGUGGAGGGUACUGGUGUUGGUCUGAAUCUGGAGGACGCAGCAAUCCUGUCAACAUCACAGUGACGAGUGGUGAUGUGAUUCUGGAGAGCCCUGCCCACCCUGUGACUGAAGGAGAUCCUUUGACUCUGCGCUGUUUAUGCCGGAACAAUAACUCAACCUUCAGUGCUGAUUUCUAUAAAGACGGAUCACUCCUUCAGAGCCAGACUACAGGAGAGAUGACCAUCCCUGCAGUCUCAAAGUCACACAAGGGCCUCUACAAGUGCAGACACCCAGAGCUGGGAGAGUCACCAGAGUCUCGCAUCAUGGUCUUCAAAAAAAAGCAAAAUAUCUUCCUGUGUCCUCUUAAAGUUAAAGAUAAAGUUGACUGA